AGUCUCACACGUGGGAAAUGUGAUUUUGGUUGUUUACUACGAAACCGAUCAUUUUUUCUUGCAUAUAAUUUGUUUUUGGACUUUCAAAGUGUUAAAGAAACAUGCCUAAAUCGAAAAGAGAUAAGAAAAUUUCCUUAACAAAAACCGAUAAAAAGGGUUUAGCAUUGAAGCAGAAAAUAGUGGAAGAUGUAAGGAAUUGUGUGGAAAAAUAUAAGAGCAUUUAUCUGUUCACGUAUCGAAAUAUGAGGAACGAAAAGAUGAAAGAAGUUAGAGAAGAAUGGAAGCCCAGCAGGUUCUUUUUUGGAAAAAAUAAAGUUAUAGCUAUAAGCUUUGGGAAAACUGUUGAAGAAGAAGUCGAAGAAAAUCUCCAUAAGAUGUCAGCUAUUUUGAAAGGUCAGUGUGGACUCCUUUUUACAGAUUGUAAGAAGAAGAAAGUGGUAGAUUGGUUCAAUAACUACUCAGUUGAAGAUUACGCAAGAUCUGGAUUUAAAGCAACCGAAACAGUAAAUUUAAAAGAAGGUCCACUGACACAGUUUUCACAUGCAAUUGAACCAUAUCUGAGGCAAUUGGGAAUGCCAACAAAAUUAGACAGAGAUGUUAUUUUGAAGUUCCAAAAGAAGGGUGUCAGACUUUUCUUAAAUAUACCCAAAUAUAGAUUCAGUAUGCAAUAUAUUUCAUAUUGGGUAUGA